AUGGACUUUUGCAUUCACUUUUCUCGAUGUCCACCCAUUUACUUUCCAGGUGAAAAUGUCAUUGGACAUGUGGUCAUUUGUUCAAAGCAAACACAAGAAGCUCGACAAGUGCUGAUAAAAGCCGUUGGAGUGGCGAAAAAUAAUUGGAAUGUCAACAAACAGGGUGGUUUCUGGGCAACACUCGACGUGAUCAAUGAGGAGAGUCGUUCUUGGGGGAAAUGCGCUGAGCAGCCUUUCAUUCCCAGUGGAGAGCUACAAAUCCCAUUCAACUUUCUCCUCCCACUUAAAAGCCUACCCACAUUCGGCGGGAAAGACUUUUGGGCAAAAGGGAAAAUCAGUUAUUUGGUGCAAGUUGUGGUGGACACAGGACGUUGGGCUCUCAAUAAAACUUCGGAAGCAGAAUUCACAGUGGGUCGAGUCUCCGAUCUGCGGCUUUCUCCUAGCGUUUUCAAUGAAAUCUCAGUCAUUCCCAAAGCAGUCAAUAUCGGUCUUCCCCUCCUCAAAAAAGGAUUUGUUUCCUUAAAAGCAUCUAUUCCGCGGAAAGGCUGCAUUCUGAGGGAAAUCCUGCCCGUAACAGUCACCAUCGAUAAUGCGAGUUCGAGCAUGAUUGACGAGCUUGAAAUUCAAUUCGUUCAACGAGUCAUUUUUCUCGCUUGGGAAAAUGUGAACGCAAGAUUUUCACUUGACGAUUCCUUUCAAAUGGGACCAACAAUCGGUCACAACAACAGACGAACGACGGAUAAAAUUCUGGAAACGAAGAAAACGGCUGUUCAAGUUUCAUCAAAAGACACAGGAGUUUUCACAAUUCCAAUCGAAAUCCCAACGGUGAUUGCUUCAUUCGAAUGUGCCAUAACCAGCGUCACCUAUCAUUUGAAAAUAACUUCUCGUUCAACAGAAACCAUCAAAUCGAGUGUGAGUUGUGAGCUUCCGCUUGUCGUCGGCAAUAUUGGUCUAGAGGGAAAUCAGAGUGAAACGAAAAUUGCUCUU